AUGGCAGUGCUCCGUCACUGCCAGGUGGGCCAAGAGUCUGAGGACAGAGUGAAGCUUGGCCUUGAGGAGGAGUGGCCCGAGGGCUCACUGGGAGGACCUCAUGGCACAAGGAGGGGCACAGAGAGUCGUGGGUGUCGUCUCUGCCCUUCCCCCCGCCACACUUGUCUCUUGGUGUGGCUUGAGUUUGAGUGACCCCAACACGUAAUAGUGAUUGCUGACACUUAGCAGGCGGGCUGGGAGCCGGGCUGUCUCUAUGCAGUUAGCUCAUUUAAGCCUUGCAGAGACUCACUGAGAAGCUUCUACAUAUCGUAUGAUCCUGUUUCACAGAUGAGGAAACUGAGGCUCAGGGUGGUAGGGCGAGUUGCCCAGGGCCACAGUGCUAGUAAGUGCUGGAGCUAGGAUCGGGACCUGGGCAGCCUGAUGCUGCCUCCCCCACACCUGUGCCCAGCACACCCUGCGCCCAGGGAGUUAGUUAUGUGGGGCUUGCAACCAUUGUGACUUGAGGCAAGAGUAGUCCCUUCUGGCGACUUGGUUUCCCCAGCUAUUGAACAGGAGGGCGAGCUGGGACCUCUGAGGAGUCUGUGUGGGUUCCGUGGCUGGUUGGAUGUUUUAAGGGCUCUGCUACCUCCUGGACCUCAUCCUUGGACACUCUGGCCCUCCGGACUGGCAAGUGGGCUGCUGCUUCCUGUUUGUCACCCCACCCUGCUCCUGCCCGCUUGCAAUUCCUGGCUCUUUGCCAGGGACUGAUCAGGCCACUGAGGCCUCAGACUCACCCCUCUGCAUAUCAGUAGCCAUUUCCAGAGCCCAGAGGCCCCCCAGCACCCCCACACCUGCUCCCCGCCCCGCCCCGCAGUUUCAGACCGUGGGUUGGGCUGGGAGUGUGGGUUGGAUUAGAAUAAAUCACCCAACCUCCAUCCCCCUGGAGGGCUAUAGAGUGGUUCCCAGCCUCCAGAAUGACCUGCGGCUGCCCAAGAAGAAAGAGAACUCCUAGGAUUGACUUUCUUUGCCCCAAAACCUGUGGCCAGGCCACCUUUUCCUUGUUUGGGGCUGGGAGGGAGUGGGGAUGGUGAAGGGAGGUAGACUUUGAACUGUUAAAACUUUGUAAUCUUGAGCAAGUUGAGCAACCUCUCUGGGCCUCAGCUGUCCCAUCUGUCAGUGGGGAGACCCAGGAGGGGAGAGAGAAAUCCUAACCAGCCUACGCCGGCUGUGGGGAGAGUAUGCUUCCUAAUGAGGGUCUGCGGGGGACCGCUGCUUCUAUGGGUACAAAUGUUAGGACAAGUAAUAAUAACUAGCCAGCAUUUCUUUAAUGUUUGCCAAGUGCCGGACGCUGUGUCAAACAUUGUACAUGUAUUUCCUUACAUACUGUAGUUCUCAGGACAGGCCUUCAAGGUAAGAUCUCUUUAAUCCUUCCUACGGAUGAGGAAACUGAGGCACAGACCGAGGAAGUCAUUUUCACACAGCUGCUAAGUAAACGCAAACUCAGGCAUUCUGGCUCCCGCUUGCCCUCUUUUCCUUUGGCUUUUCUUCCGAACACCUGGGUGGCUUCUAGCUGCAGGGGUCCUGGGGGGACAGGAUACCUGCCCGCUGGGCAUGGCUGUGCCCUGAGGCUGGGCAGGCAGUGGGGGGGGUGGCCUGGAGGAAAGAAGCUGCGGCUGCGCAUGAGCAGAGACCAAGAAUCCGAAGCUGGGAGGGGGCGCGGGCAGCCCAGCCGUGCAGCCGCGGCCGGACCCAGGCAUGGUCGGCACAGCUGCCCUCAGCCCAGGUCCAGGAGGGCUGCCCACCCACACAUGGUCGCAUCAGCUGCUUCUCCCGCCCUUGUCACUCUGUGGCUUGAGCAUUUGUCAUUUUUGGCUCUAAGGAAAGCUGUGUCCAGUCCCUGAGUCCCCUCCAGUCUGUGUCACACACAGGCACACACCUCUGCAAAGCUACCUGACCGCUGCAGGGGUGAGGGUGGAGGAAGUGACUCGGCCACACGGCAUGCUUCUCCGUCCCUUCAGCAGAUGUUUACUAAGUGCCAGCUGUGCGCUGGGCGCUGCUGGGUGCUGGGCAUCUGAGGGCACAAGAUGCUAAAUACGUCUGCUAGGUCCUGAGGACCUGCCUCCUCCCCGCCGCCUCCCGACACCACCCCCUGGGUGGCUUGCACUCCUGGGCUCUGUGUGGGGAGGAAGCCCCAGCGCGGCCCUGCGUUCCAGCAGGGGCAGCAGACAGCGGACAGUAACCCUCUCAGCAAUGACAGUGUGAGGCAUGUCAGGGGUGGCUCACCCCCUGGAAGGAGAGGAGAAGCAGAGCAAGAUGGAGGAGUUUCUCUGUGACCAGAAGUACAGUGAUGAGGAGAACCUUCCAGAAAAGCUCGCAGCCUUCAAAGAGAAGUACAUGGAGUUUGACCUGAACAAUGAAGGCGAGAUUGACCUGAUGUCUUUAAAGAGGAUGAUGGAGAAGCUUGGCGUCCCCAAGACCCACCUGGAGAUGAAGAAGAUGAUCUCAGAGGUGACAGGUGGGGUCAGCGACACCAUCUCCUACCGAGACUUUGUGAAUAUGAUGCUGGGGAAGCGGUCGGCCGUCCUCAAGCUAGUCAUGAUGUUUGAAGGAAAAGCCAACGAGAGCAGCCCCAAGCCAGUUGGCCCCCCUCCAGAGAGAGACAUUGCUAGCCUGCCCUGAGGACCCCGCCUGGACCCCCGUCCCACCUGCCCGCCCCUGCUCCUCUCUGCCCUUCCUGACUCACUGUGAUUUGUCUUGCUUGUUUGGUGUUCGUGUGUUUGUGUUUUCAUCAAUGUCUUUGUAAAGCACAGAUUAUCUGCCUUAAAGGGGGCGCUAGGUCAGGGAAUCCUGAGCCUUGGGUCCCCUCCCUCUCUUCUUCCUUCCAUCUCCCCUCCCUGUGCAGAAGGGCUGACAUCAAACCAAAAACCGGAGGGGGCAGGGUCAGGGCAGGGAGGCUGGAAGCCUGUGUUCCCCACACUGGUCCAUGCUUCCAGAAGGUCUCUGGGCUAAGGUCAGGCUCUGGCCCUGGUGAGGACCCCAGCCCACCUUCUGAAGACCCUGGAGUAGGGACAAGGAUGCAGGGCCUCGUUAGGGUCUCCUCAGAUAGCCCUGUGGUUCCAGCACUCUGGGGUCAUCCAGGAUGUGGCCACCCAGUACCCACUGCCUCAGCCAAUCCCCCCAGGCCACACCUCUUCCCAUCCUCAGCGAUGUGACCAAAGGUGAGAAGGAAAGGAGCUUGGCAACUUGAGCCCUUCGGGAAGGUACCAGAAGGAACCCUCUGGUCUUGCUCCCUGGCCACAUCUUCACGGGAAGCUCAGAGGGAGGGAGGGUGCAGUACCACAGUCCCUUGCUGGGGCAGCAAAGGGCUUCAGAGUUAGAGAUGAGGACAGGGGCCUUGGAGGAAGGCUCAGCUCAGUGCAGCCCUAGCUUUUAGGAAGGGUGCUCGGGUAGCAGGAUGGGAGGAUGAGGAGUCAAGCACUCCUGCAAAAAUCCAGCACCACUGAUCAUCCAUGAGCUGAGAAACAGGUUGCCCUUCUCAUCCAGGUCGGCUUCAAACCUGACUACACUUCCUUCGUUUGCCUUCCCACCCUCCUCAUGCCCUUCAUUCAUUCACUCAUUCAUUCAACAGAUAUUUAUUGACCAUCUUUGAUAAGCUUUAAGCCCUCCCACAUUGUCCUGAUAUGUGCUGCGUCUACUGUUUCUUUUCCCAAAUCAUUCAAAUCUUUGAACUUCGAAAUUAGAUUGGGGUCACCUGUGUCCUUAUGGAGUUCUUAAGGACCUGAGUUCUUAUGGACUCCAGGAUUUUAGAGCCCGGAUCACCCCAUAGGUUAGCCAGGCCAGUCCUCUCUCUUCACAGGUGAGGAAACUAUGGUUGCCCACAGGGAUUAAGUGCCUUGCCCAAGGAAGAGCCUGGACUGGAGCCCAGGUGUUCAGGUACCCUGCCCACACCUCAUCUCUGCUCUGGGCUACCUCGUCAGUGACAAAAACAGGGGCAGAUGGGGAGGGGCAGUCUCCUAGGUCAGCACCUGGGUAAGGCUUCCCUCACUCUGAGGGGAAGGUCCUGGGCCAGGACCUGCCCUCCCCAGUGCCUCCGAGUUAGCAUCAGGGUUUGGGUAAGGGCCAGGCCUCCUUCUGCAGUUCUCCCUCCCCUGCAGCUUCUUGGCCAGCCUCAGAGAGCUGCCUCUCAGAGCCCACACAGGAGGUGAGACUCAGCCCCAUCUUGGCUGAGCAGGGAACUCACUGGACCCUGCCUGUGUUCUGGAGUCCCUUACUCUGCCAGCUCAGGACUUAGACACACUUACUCACUGAGCAUAUUUAUUAAGCACCUGCUAUAGGCCAAGAGUUAAGAACCCAGAAGUGAAAUGGAGAGACCCAUGGAAUUUAGAGUCUAGUGAGAAAGUCAGAUCCAGACAAUGACAGUGAAUGUUAGGAAGGGGCAGGAUAUAGGAGUCUUGAACGAACUUUCGCAAAACCUUAAGGUGGGAAGGACUAGGGGCUGUUGGUGGCUGGAGCCAGUGUGGGGUUCCCUGCGGCUCGUUAGUGUUCUUUGAUGAAGGGCCCAAGACACUGCCUCUACAGCAGCUUGAGGGAGGGAAGCUGGUAGGGAAUGAGGAAAUGGCCAGGUUGGGUUAACCUGCUGGUUUCAACCAGUUAAGCAGCAAGAUUAUUUGGCCAUGACUGGCUGAUCUUCAGCUUAAGGAUCUGCUUCAGAUGCACAGGCCUAGUUGAAGUUUAAACCCAAGCAAAACAUUCCUCCCUGUAAAUGUAAAAUCCUACUCCCACCCCUUCCUGUCUUUUUUUUUUCUUCCUCCUGAGAUCAUUAGAUUAGCAACUGCCGGUCCCUCACCCCUUCCCUCUGCCUCUCCUCUCCAGGACCGGCUGAGACCUUUGAGGAAGUUAAAGCCUUCCUCGAAGACUCAUUCAGUGUCCCUGUUCUUCACUCAGUGAGGAAGGCAAGCAGACAUAUGUCAGGGGGUUCCACAGUUCACAAGGCUGCAGGAAGCCUCAAGGGAGGAAGCAAACUGGUGUGUCCCCAGCUUCUGGGAAGGCAGGAAAGAGGGUUCUUUCAUUGAACCCUCAGUGGGGUGGGAUGUCCUGGGAAAUCCCAUCAGUCCCUUCACUAUUUCUUGGAACUCAACUGGGAGGAGAGGGUCUCAAGAGUGGUCCCUGGGAAAGGGGACUUCUGCAUGUAUUUCAGGUUGUGGCUGUUGGCUCUAGGACUCAUUAAUACUUCUCUGGCUAGGAGGUUAGCUUCUUGGGAUUUCAACUGUCUUCCUUUUGAAAGACCAAAUCUAACUAAUGUAACCAAGUAUGGCUUUGUCCCUAUGACUCAAAAGGAGAGAUUGUCGGGCAAAUUCUGGUGGAUGAAGUAUGUUUGUGGGUGUGCAUGUGGGUGUGUAGGUGGUGUGAUAUCAUCUGUACAGACGGGAAAUAAACCAGAUAAACUUA